AUGCAGGACGCAUCUAACGAGGUUCCCCUCACCCAGGAGGAACGAGAACGGACUUCAGGCCUCCACGACCACCCAGCCGCCGCAGCAACAGCAGCAACAACUACAACAGCAGAAUCCCAUACGGUCGCAGCAGUCGCCCUCCUCCAGUGCGGCUCAAAGCCCUAUCAGCCAAAAGGCGCAACUAGAAGCACCUCCAAAGCCGAUGGCCACCCAACCAAAGUCCCCAAGUCCAUCGGUCCCGUCUACUCCAAGGCAGCCUUCAUUGACCUUCGAGGCGUGGCAAAACGAAGCGCUUUCUCGCAUCCUUCAAGUGUCCUUGAACCGCUGUUAAUUAGUCAAGCAUCUUUGGACAGGGUCCUGGUCGAUCGCAUGUCUGUGGAUCCCAACGACAGUUCGAAUGCAACCCUUUUGGAUCGUGGACAGCUUCGCCUUACUCUUUUCGAUUACCUUCUUGACUGUUGGCGACGCCUUGAAAUGGUCAAAUCUCAGACAUCUCGCGUCAAGACGCUUCCUGUAAAUGUUAUCGAAGAGCGAGUACAGUCCUUGAACUCCUCAAAGGGCUUGUUGGUUUCGUACGCCGGACUUGUAAUUCAGAUGCCAGACAUGUUCCCCCAGAUACAGAAUGGGACCAACCUUGGAGCGCAACAGCUAAUCGACAGACUCCUUGCAGAUCCGGACUCGGCCAGCGGCGUUCCAACUGAAUUCCUGAAAGAUAUCGCGGACAGAUUCAAGGAUGAUGGGCUUGAGGCAAUCAUACAGCCUCUUGUCGCUGGAUUGGCAGCUCGAGCUAGGACAGCAACCAUUCUGACGGACUGGAGGACCCCACUUCGAGCACUUUUAACACUCGUUGAUGUCCCAGCGAUGGCAGCUUCUAUUCCUCAAGUGGCAACAUGGAACCCCACAAAUGCCACAGCUCGUCAAGUGGAGAUCGUCUCGGCUCUAGGCCCGUUCCUGAAGACAUCUGGCUUUUGUGCCGAUGAUCCAUCCGUCGCAGAACUUUUUGGCACAGGGUUGAAGAGGAACAAGUCCGACUCAAGCGGCGCGUUUGCCUCUAUUCGUGGGGCUGUCCGUGGCCUUCAUACGUCACUUUUCCAAGGAGUGAACGGGAUUGUUCGGUCAGGAGCGGAGCCAAGAGAGAGGAUGCUCGCGUACUUUUACUCUGUGCUGCGUAAGAACGAGCGGCGGUCGCAGAUGCAAGUCGACCGGGCGACAGUCUCUGGAGAUGGUUUUAUCUACAACAUCACAGAGAUUUUGAUGCGCUUCUGUGAUCCGUUCAUGGACAACAGCCACUCCAAGGUCGACAGGAUCUCUCAGACAUUUUUCAAGGGCCACUCCAAGAUUGACAUCAGCAAGGUGACCAGGAUAUGCGCGCCCAAGGAGGUGAUCGACGGAUAUGCAGGUAGUGAGGCACCGCCAGGAUCGAUCAACUUUAUCUCGGACAUAUUUUUCCUCACCCUGGGAUUUCACCAUAUCGGCGUCUCCAGGAUGUACGUCGAUUACAAGCGAUUUAUGAAGGACUUUUACGAGAUGAGGGACCAGUAUGACCGUCUCAAGGAACAGGAGACAUCCGGUCAGCUCUCUGCAGAGAAUGGAUUGUUGAUCAAGCGAUAUGAAGCCCAGCUUGACAAGAUGAUUACAUUCCGCCUCUCACUUGAAUCGCAGAUCUUGGAUCCGAUCAUUCUGGGACACUCCUUCCAGUUUUAUAACCUGGUGAUGGUCUGGCUGCUAAGGCUGGUGGAUCCUGCACAGGCGUACCCGCGCAGCCCUAUCAAGCUUCCCCUCCCCGAGCGCCCUUCGGAUGACUUUGCAAUCCUGCCUGAGUACAUCUUCGAGGACAUUGUCGAAUUUUUCAUCUUUGUUCUGCGACACUCUCCCGAGACGGUCGCAUCGUCUACUCUGGAUGAACUGGUGACGUUCACAAUGGUCUUUUUGACCUCCCCCGGAUACAUCAAAAACCCUCACCUGAAGGCGAAGCUCGUUGAGAUUCUCUUUUUCAUGACACUCCCCUAUCGCGGUCAGAGAAAUGACGAUACGCUGGGCAUCAAGCUCAACACCAACCCAAUGGCUUUACAGUGUCUGAUCCCGGCCAUCAUGACCUUCUACGUCGAAGUGGAGAACACUGGUCGGCACUCUCAGUUCUACGACAAGUUCAACAUCCGGUACAACAUUUCGCAGAUCCUCAAGUUUGUAUGGACAAAUCCUAUCCACAGGGACAUGGUCAAGGCCGAAAGUCAGAAGUCAGAGUCAUUUGUCAGGUUCGCGAACUUGUUGAUGAACGACACCACAUAUUUACUGGACGAAGGUCUGAGCAAGUUGGCGGAGAUUCACGACAUUGAAGUAGAGAUGGACGACAAGGUUACAUGGGCAGCCCAGACGCCCCAACAUCGGCAGGAGCGGGAGGGCGUGCUAUCGACAGCGCAGAGACAGGCGUCGUCCUAUAUCGCACUGGGCAACGAGACAGUGAACAUGUUGUCAUACCUGACCGUGGAGAUCAAGGAGCCGUUUUUGUCAGCAGAGAUUGUGGAUCGUCUUGCGACCAUGCUCGACUAUAAUCUUGUCAUCCUGGUCGGCGAGAAGAUGUCGAAUCUCAAGGUCAAGAGCCCAGAGGAGUACCGAUUCCAACCUCGAAUUUUGUUGUCGGACAUCAUCAACAUCUACUUGCAUCUGGACACCCCGACGUUCAUCGCAGCCCUGGCGAGGGAUGAUCGCAGCUACAGCGCGGAUAUUUUUUUUGCUGCCAGCCGGAUUCUUGAAGGGCGCAACCUGAAGAGUGCCGAUGAAAUUGCCAAGUUGGCGAGGUUGGUUCGCAAGAUUGAGGAAGUCCGACAGAAGGGGGCUGAGGACGAGGAGGAACUUGGCGAAAUCCCUGACGAAUUCCUUGAUCCACUGCUGUAUACGUUGAUGGAAGACCCUGUGUUGUUGCCGACGUCCAACAUGUCGAUUGAUAGGAGCACGAUCAAGUCCCACCUGUUGUCGGAUACAACGGAUCCAUUCAACCGCAUGCCACUCAAGAUUAGCGAUGUCGUUGACAAUGUUGAACUGAGGGAUAAGAUCCGUGCGUGGAAGGCGUCUCAACGGUCGAAAGCGACCACGGCAAUGGAAAUUGACGAGUAA